AUGGAGAAGCUGGCCAGUGCUUUGCGCAGCGUGGCGCCAGAGUUGGUGAUUUCCACUCUUUUUGUCUUCGUCUCGGUGGAUGCAGCUGUGUCUGCCAACCAUUGCCUCGAAGGCUGCCACGCCCAUGGUGGAGGCCUGUCCAGGCGACUGAUGGGCACGCCAUGCCCGCCACCGACAUUCAGCGUGCAGGUCUCUCUUGCCACGGGCUUCGCAGCAGCAGUUGCCAGCAGCUUCACCUACAAGCCCAAGGGCAUGAUGGGCGAGGGCAACUUCGGCUGCCACUUCAAUCCUGCUGUGACGCUGGCACUGGCCCUGCGAGGGAAGCUUCGCCCGCUGCGCGCAGCUGAGCUAAUCCUGGCACAGCUGUUUGCGUCUGUCCUCGCUGCGGCCCUGGUCACGGCCGUGGUGGGCCUGCGAUGCCUGCAGCAGGACUUCGACAUGAUGACGCAAGAGAUGUCCCCUCCCGGGUCGCGCAUACUACUGCAGGCCAUCCUGAACCUGCUACUCAUCUUGGUCGCCCUCUGGUCACACGAGCGGCAAGGGUCCAUGUCAGUGCCGGUCUUCGUGGGCUUCUCUUACAUCGCUGUCAGUCUGGUUGGGCUCCAGCAAUUAGGGUUCGAUCUGCCGAACAUACUGCGCUCCUUUGGCCUCCUGGUCAUCGGGGUGAGGAACUGGGCCUGCGUUUGGACCACGAUGCUUGGUUCCCUUUCUGGUGUCAUCAUCGCCGUCGUGCUGGACCACAGCGUGUUUGGAGCGGAAGACUCGGAGACUGCAGACAUGGAGCACAGUGACGAGGGCGCCUAA